AGAGUCGUGAACCUCCCUCCCCCGCCCCGGCAGAUCCCUGGGAGGGCGUCCCCGCUUGGGCUUCCCGUCUCCAUCCCGCGCCCCACGGCGCUUCCCGCUGCUUCGCCCGGCCAGGGGAGCGCCGCGCCGCGUAGCGCCGCGCUGCGGGGGCGUUGACAGGGCGAUGCCAGUCAGCCACGGGGAGGCGCGCCCUGAGCCCGGGCGCGGGACUAGCUCCCCUCGGCCCGGGCGCGUCCCACAGGGCGGCUGCUGCUGAGCCAGGCUCCGCGGGAGAGACGCGCAGAUGUCUGGCCACGAGAGGUGUCCUUCCCUUCAGUGUCCCUGUAAAAACUGGCCAGUUUCCUGAUGAGUUGCUAGGGGGCACUAUUGUGUGAAUGAAAGAGCUGCUGCGGAGGAGAGGCCUAAUCAUGAGUCUUGAGAGGAGCCAGUCCAGACUUGACUCUAUUCACUUGCCUGUCUCUGGAACCCCUCACAUCCUCCAAGCCUGUCUGCCCAACGUGCCACUCCUCUGCCCGCUUCUUGGUCCCACCCUGCUCCUGAGGCCAAGAAGUUGCUGAGGACAGGGAGGCACUGGCAUAGUGUCAGCAUCACGUCUGAGCAGAGAAGCAGGAGGGAAGUGGCUGAUAGCUCAGGUGUUCUUGAAAAAAGUGCGUGUGCUUUGGGGGUGGAAAAGGACAUGAGGAAUAAAAGGACCUGGGAGCCCACUGAUCAGAAUGAAACAGAUGUUGAAAGAUUUUUCAAAUCUAUUGUUAGUUGUGCUCUGUGAUUAUGUUCUUGGUGAAGUGGAAUAUCUCCUCUUGGAGCGACCAGGUCAUGUAGCCUUAAGUAACGACACGGUGUCUGUUGAUUUUCAGUACUUUGUCAGUGGUAAUGUGACAGCAAAGAAUGUAUCCAUCCUACUGCUGGAUGCCAGCACCAACCAGACCAUUGCAAAAAAACAGCUUCCAUCAAGCCAGUCACGGGGGAUAGUAGGGUUUGAAUGUUUCUCUUUCAAGACUGCUGGGGACUAUUGGUUCAGAAUGAUCUCUGAGAUUGAUAAUGGCACUGAAUUUCACUGGAGGGGUGGGAGCACCCUCCUAAGUGUGGAAUGGCCUGUAUUUCACAUUGACUUGAACAGGACCUCUGAGGUGCUCAGGAGUUCCCUUCAGGUUGGACUUUUCACUAAUAAACAAUUGUGUGCUAUGAAUGAGACAGUGGUUUCAUUGGACGUGAUAUUCACCAACAGCCUGUAUGAACUAGGAAGAUUAAGCUCUAAUGAGGCAUUGGGAAUGCGAAUGAGCAAAGGAAUCUUUCUCUCUAGAUCCCAGUGGGUGGAGUUUGACUGCCCACCUGUUGACCAAGAAGUGUAUGUCACUGUGUUACUGAAAUCAUUAGAGACCAACUCAGUCAUCGCCUCAACAGGGCCCAUAGACCUUAUCCACAAAUUUGGAUACAAACUAGUAGUGGCGCCAGAAGUGAUGUGCAAGUCGUCCAUUCUGGUGUUUAUUGUCUCCCCUCCAUGCAUUGCCAUCAAUGGGAAGGUUGCUGUGUACAAGGAAGCUCUCAAACGUCCUGGUGAAAGAACGACAUGGCUAGAUGAAAACUUCCUACGCCCAGGGAGCAACAGAACAGAAUUUAACUGCACUUUAUUUGACGUGGGGAAAAAUAAAUAUUGCUUUGAAUUUUUUGACAUUUCAAGCCAAAGCCAAUCACCCCCAAGAGUUAAGGAAUGUAUGGUGAUCCGAAGGAAUAUAGAAACAUGGAGCCUGUGGCAGCCCUGGAGUUCUUGCAGCGUGACCUGUGGGGAUGGAGUCCGUGAGCGACACAGAGAAUGUCUCACAUCGCUGCCAGCAAAACCAGGCUGUGUUGGGACACCGAAAGAGACUUCGCUGUGCUCUCUAGAGGAAUGUUCUAUUAUAAAGCCUACCACCCCUCCUUCUGUACAGCACCAAGAGGACCAGAAAGCUAAUAAUAUAGUCACCAUCACUGGCAUCUCCUUGUGCUUGUUCAUAAUCCUAGCCACUGUUCUCAUCACCCUGUGGAGGAAGCUCUGCAGAGCUCAGAAGUGCAGCACCUCUGUGCGCUGUAACUCUGUCCAUUCGCCCAACUGCCACAAGAGCUCCGACGAAGAGAACAUCUGUCAAGCUGGCACGCAGCGGGAGAGCUUUUCCGCGGGCAGCGAAGCGCCUCGAGUGCAGGCCGGAGAGCCUGUUAACAUACCUUUGACCUGUAGGAGGAGCCUUCAAUUUGCUCAAGAAGAGGACACCUCUGUCAGUGACAGUUUUCAGUCAAAUGCUCAAAAAAUAAUCCCUCCAAUUUUCAGCUAUCGCCUUGCACAGCAGCAGCUGAAAGAGAUGAAGAAGAAAGGCCUGACUGAAACCACAAAGGUGUAUCACGUAUCUCAGACGCCUCUGACUGACACCGUUAUUGAUGCCACGGCUGUGCUUCCCCUGGGCACAGAAAACCAAGAGGAGGCUGCUGCACACAAAUUCAGGAUCAAAUCUCCAUUUCUGGAUCAGCCAGUCAGUCAUCUCAAAUUCCCUAGGGAAAAAUCUAAUUCUAGGGUGGACUCUGUACUGUCACAGGCCAAUCCUGUAACAAGCCCUAGUCAGACCCUCAUUAGACGAGCUCACCUGAAAUACCAAAAUAACAAAGGGGAGCCAUUAGAGAAAGGCUGUCACAGAAACCCACAGUUCAGAAGAACAGCCAGUUUCCAUGAAACUAAAAAGGUCAGGCCCUAUAGGGAACGGAGCAUGUCCACUCUUACCUCACGGCAGAUUCCUCUUUAUAGUGCCAGGACCAGAACGUGGGGUCAGGCACUGGAAGACAAGUCCCGGCCAACAUGUAAAGAUGCUGAUCCAAGUUCUGAAAAGUUUGACCAGUCUCAUUGCACUCUGUUAGCUGGUGAGCCACUGAGCUAUGGCACAAAAUACCGCCACAAAGGGGGCCCUCCAGUGGGGAGGCCGGAUCUGAUCAGUGACCGUCAGCCUGCAGGCCAAGUAGCAGGAGCUGACAAACCAGAGCCAAACAGAAACAGGAGGGGCUCUUCACCAAACCAUCGAGGGGCUUUGAGGAAAGAACCCAUCUCAACUCUGAAAGAUAAUUACCAGCGAGGCAGUGCUCUAAGCCCUGUCCAGUACAGAAAGGACAAAUGCCAGAGCUUCCCCACAGACCCUGAAUUUGCCUUUUAUGAUAAUAAUUCUUUUGGCUUAACAGAAUCGGAGCAAUGGAUGAUUGACCUGCCUGGAUAUUUUGGUUCAAAUGAAGAAGAUGAAACAAGUACUUUAAGUAUUGAGAAACUGGUGAUCUGAAUGACUGAUUGCAGUACUGUAGGGCGGGGGUGCGAGAGAAGAGCUGCAGAAUCUGUUGGUUUAUAAUAAAAGCAAUAAUGGAAACCAGGUUCCAGCUGUUUGGGGCAGGAGGGAAAUCCUACGGCCUGAUUUGUGAGCAUGCAUUUCUUUUUAAUUAAUAGAAAGGGCUUUGAUGUCAUUGUUUUGUCUAGUACACACACAUAACCUGGGAAAGCAAAUGGAAAUGAUAGUGUGACACAGAGAAAAUCGAACAGAUUUUAUUCUAUAGAGCACAGAAAAGAGCAGUGCUCAAUGAAUAAUUUAUACUGAAUCAUGAAUCCAGUCAAUUUAGACUCUUUUUCUGCUUGCGGACCAUCCACUAGCAGAGCACGACAUCCUGUAACAUCUGUUCAACACUAUUUAAUGAAUUGUUUCAGUUUUUUUUAACCUAGGUUGUGAACAGUUUUCAGCGUAUCUUUAAAAUUCACUAUUGGUCAUGGGGUUCUGCACAUCCGUUGGGUGCCCCCGCUUGCCCAGUGUGGGGCUGAUACACUCCGCCACACAGUCAUCAGGACUCUCAGCUGGGCCAGACAAACACAAUCAGGAUCUCUGGCCCACAGUGAGGGGCUGAACAGGCGAACCGUCUAUAGCUCCUGAGACUCCUGGCUGGGGCAAACAAUCACAAACAGGCCUUCAGCCCCUUGGGUGGGGCAGAGUAACCAGUCUAUAGCUGGGGUCUCCGGCGGUAAUAGCCACCUGCCAGUGCCGAGCCCACCCUGCUCCACCAGGUUCUGAUCCAGGGCCCUGUGGAGCCUGUAGUCUCCCUCUUCAGGAUUCAAGUAUCAGCUCCCAAUAUAUUCCCUCGGUCACUUCCUACCUCUAAGUCCACUUUGGGCUUGUCCUCCCGGGCAGAGGCUUGGCAUCUCCGUCGGCCUUCAUAGAUGGGGAUCCCUCAUCAUAUAGUCAGGGAGACUCGCUUCUGUAAUCUGGAAGGCUGGUGGUACCUCAGCAGGAGCUGGCAACGCAUGUCUGUCUUCCUUCUCCGCCAGCCAGGACUGGAGUGAGCUGUUCCCUUUUAUCUGCUCCCUCCAACUGGAGCAUGUGCAGCAGAGGUGACAGGGCCUGGCCUCUGGGCCAAAAGUGACUGGUUAACCCCUGCUUGCCCAGUGCGGCAUUGACACACCCCAUCACAUUAUUGAACUGUGUUGAUUGUUUGUAACUGGUCAGAUAAGUCAUGUGGUGUUUUUCCUGUUCCCUGAUUAGAUGAGGAGAGCAUGAGCAAUUCUGGAGUGAAUACUUGUUUACAAUUUGGUUUUUGUGAUUCAUCACAUACAAGACCUCGCCAUUUGUUUUCUGUGUUGGUGCCAGGAAAGCUUGAGAUUGCACAAACGUGUGGAAAGGAACAGAAAAGCAUUGUAGAAAAUAAACAGACUAGGUCUGAUAGUGUGGUCAAGGAAAAUUCAUUAACAAAUUUGAGUACUUGCUAAAACUGUUAGUGCAGUAUUCUUACCCACCUGUAGAAGCCAGUGAAAGACCUCUUACCUUCUCUCCUUCAUUGUAAUGCUCUUUCCCUGUAUUAAAUGUUGUAUUUUUAUUUUUGCUUAUACAAGUUGACAGAUACUACAGCAAGAUACAAAUAAAUUAUGAACAAAACCAGUGGAA